GGAGGAGCAAAGAAAAAACGACCAUAGAUUUCUCGGCCUAGAGCGGCCCUUAAAGUGCCGAGUUAAGGAGGGCGGGCGGGAACCACCCCGAACUGGCCGCCGGCGGUAUCAUGGCGUCCCGGAACCCCCCUCCCCAAGACUAUGAGAGUGAUGACGACUCAUACGAAGUGUUGGAUUUAACUGAGUAUGCAAGAAGGCACCACUGGUGGAAUCGAGUGUUUGGCCACAGUUCGGGACCUAUGGUAGAAAAAUACUCAGUAGCUACCCAGAUUGUAACUGGUGGCGUGACUGGCUGGUGUGCAGGAUUUUUGUUCCAGAAGGUUGGGAAACUUGCAGCAACUGCAGUAGGUGGGGGCUUUCUUCUCCUUCAGAUUGCCAGCCACAGUGGCUAUGUGCAGAUUGACUGGAAGAGAGUUGAAAAAGAUGUAAAUAAAGCAAAAAGACAGAUUAAGAAACGAGCAAAUAAAGCAGCACCUGAAAUCAACAACAUAAUUGAAGAAGCAACAGAAUUUAUCAAGCAGAACAUUGUGAUAUCCAGUGGAUUUGUGGGAGGCUUUUUGCUAGGCCUUGCAUCUUAAGGACAUGAAUGUUCUACCUUAGUGGAUCCAACUGUGAGAAGAAAAGUGGUGGCCACUGGGUGAUCUCUCAACAGAACUUGCCACCAGUCUCCAGAGUGAGGAGAAAUAACUAGCUGGACAAUACCAAAUUCACAAUUUAACAUUUUGCCAUCUGAAGUUUGGCAAACUAGUAUCCGCUGUAAAACAACCUGUGUGGUAUGUGAACCAUAGUAUUCUUGAGCAAAACAUGGCUUUUAAUCAGGUAUUUCAUUUAAUUUGCAUUUGUUUAGAACUGGCUAUAAAAUAUUACUAUUGGAUGUAGAUGAUACAUAUAGUGAGAGGAAAUCUAUUGCUUUUAUUGCCCAAUGAAUAUGAUCCUCUUUUUAAGUUGUUCUUCAUUGUGCUUUCUUGUGUAUGAUCAGUAAUUAAAAUUUGUCCUUACAGUUUUCUUUUUGUAAAAAACAAACAAACAAACUGAAGAACCUUUUGUGGAAGGCUUUACGAAUAGAAUGAUUAAAGAUAGCAAUUAGACUUUAGAUUUUUUUUUUUUUGCUGUAUUUCUUACUUUGCUCAUACAAUAAUUGUAUAUGUGAAAGAAGAUUUUUCUGAGGAAGUAGUGCAUGUCUAAAGCUCUUUUUCUUUUAUUGUCUAUUUUAAAAUAUCUUUUUGUAUGUUACCUUCUAUUAUAUAUAUAUAUAUAUAUUUGUCCUAGUAGCCUUGGCAGAGCUAAUUAUUUUGUGAGUAUAUAUACUUGACUCAUUGAUUUAUUUUAUGAACUUCAAGUGCACCGCAUUUUUCAUUUCCAAAACUCCUUUGGCCCUUCAUCGUGAAGAAACAAUUGCUUUGAACUACUUAGUAGUAUAUUAUAAAUUUGUUAUCUGAAGAAUCAUUAUUUUCUGUAUAGUCAUGAAAUUGUAGCCUAAGCAGAAUUGUCUCUUGAUCAAGUCUGAAAUGUAAGAGUAAGGCUUUCAGGCUUUGGUAGCAUUAUGUUGGUUGAGCACUAGACCAGUUUACUGGUUUUUCAGGACCAACAUCACACUCCCUCAGAGCCUUCUUUGCCUCCCCUCCUGCCUCCCUCAAAAAAAAAAAGCUUUCUAUAUUGUUAGUUUUGUCUGUAUACCUCUAGGUGGGAAAUGGGACUAACAGCAAAACCAUGUAGAUUGAAGUUUUCAGAUUUGAAAGACUACAGAUAUUCAGAUCAUCCAUCUCUUUUUGAUAGAAUGUUCCCAUGAUGUGUUCUCUAUAUUGUAAACAUAGUAUGUUUCAUACUUUCAAUACUGGUACAGGCUGUGUACUUGCAUUAUCAUGAGACUCUAAAAUUGAAUGUGGAAUCCAUCUUUAAUUUCUUGCUUUAUUCUCAUUAGUGCCUCAAUAUGAUGCUAAAUAAAACUCAGAGUUUCUUAAUAUGAA